UGGGCAACUCCCCGGAUGCGGCUGUGAUUGACUAAACCAGGCAAGAAAAGAUCGAAAGCUAAGUGGCGGUGCUACAGCCCCAGUGGUCGUUAGCAGGAUGCAGACCAUUAAGUGUGUGGUGGUGGGUGAUGGGGCAGUGGGUAAAACCUGCCUACUAAUCUCUUAUACCACCAACGCCUUCCCAGAAGAAUACAUUCCCACAGUAUUUGACAAUUACAGUGCUCAGAUGAGCGUGGAUGGCCGCUCUGUCAGCCUCAACCUGUGGGACACUGCUGGCCAGGAGGAGUAUGAUCGCCUCCGUACUCUCUCUUAUCCACAGACCAAUGUUUUUAUAAUUUGCUUUUCCAUCGGCAGUCCUUCCUCCCACGCAAAUGUCAGGCACAAAUGGCACCCUGAAGUUUCCCACCAUUGCCCCAGCGUUCCCAUCUUGCUGGUGGGCACCAAGAAAGACCUGAGGGGGGACGAAGAGACGGUGAAGAAACUAAAGGAACAGGGUCUGGCCCCUACCACUCAGCAGCAGGGCAACGCGUUGGCCAAACAGAUUGGAGCUGUCAAGUACAUGGAGUGCUCUGCACUGAAGCAAGAUAAUGUCAGGGAGGUGUUUGCAGAGGCUGUAAGGGCAGUGUUGUAUCCAGUCACGAAGAAGAAUCACAAAAAGUGUGUUCUGUUGUAAUAAAUGCUUCCCAGAUUUGGACUAUAGAGGGGAAUGAUGGAGAUCGACGGAUGCAAAAGAAAGUCUGUAGAACAAAGGAUGCCAUCUAGUUGCUUCCAACCCACCUGUUAGCUUUCCUUACUCAUCUCCUGGAGGAUCUCACCAAAUUGCCUUCAUCACCAAAGUGACUGUCUCAAAAUGAAGGCAACAGACCUUACAAUUUAAACUUCUACCAUUUACACCUUUUUGAUUUUUACACCUUUCUUGAUUUAUUGCUUUUACGCUUUACCUUAAAAAAAAAAUAAUGAUGGUUGUCACAAGCGAAAACAUCCCAAAUCAACCAACCAUUUCCCGUUUGACAGGAGGAAGAAGAUCUGCGUUUGUUCAGGUGGAGAACUAGUGACUACCUCAUAUUCUCACCUAAGUUGCAUCUCAUUGAGUCUCAAGCAAAGUUGCCAUCAAGAUCCUUUGAGUUGCCUAUUCAUGUAUGAUGAACCGCCCAGUUUGAGGUCCACAACUUGAUUUGAAUCCUGAAGUGUUUGACUUCAUACAGCAAAGUGUUAUGACUCCUGGACAAAUGCCAUAGCCUCUCAGCAAAAAGCAGAGAUUUACGGUUAAAAACCCAGUAGUUCCUCUUCAACUCAUUCUGGUGUCAGAGUUGUCUGGCAAGUUGCACUUCUCGCCUCUUGCUCUGCUCUCUUACUAUCCAGAGAGUUAGAGCUAAUGGCUCUUUGCAGAUAAGCUGGAGUGAUUUAAGAGCUGUAAAUUAUAUGGCUGAUUCCCUAAUGGAAGAGUGAACAUGAUUUUACCAAAUAAUUACAUUCUGGUACAGGAUUCCUCAAGUCAACAUAGCCAGGAAGUCAGACCGCAGCUGAGCUUUCUUUUGUCUUACAUCUAAAUUUCUCAGGCGUACUAUUGAGUGCCAUUAGAGACAUGUCUAAGAUUUCCUCUUUUUGCGGUGAGGUUAAGGAGAGUGUAAUUCUUAUUGUGAAUUUACUCUGUAAAUGAUUUUCUUAAAAUGUUUUUAACCUACAUGUGCAGUUAUUGCCAAAGUUGAAUAUAUUUUUUGUAAUAGCUCAUGUUUAUUUGAUCAGUUAAUGUUUGUGUGCUAUUUUUAAUCACAUAUGAUAAAACUAGAGCACCAUAAUGUUUCCCUUUUCAACCACAUGAUUGUUUAGGGUCCACUGAGAAAGACCACUGUAAAAUCUAUUCAUUGUAGCAGGCAAUACCAUAAUAAGUUAACUGGUUAACAUCAGGCGAUGUAUAUGCUGUCCUGUUUUUUUUUUUUUUUUGGUAACAUCAUUGCAACUUUCCAACGCCACCAUAAUGUUUUACUUAAAUCUGAUUGGGUGCCUUAUCUAAACCAAAGACAUAUUUGUCUAACCCAAAGGUUCACAUUGUACUUCUGCAAGGGCUACUAAGUUUCAGCACAAGUCUAAAUAUCCCAGAUUUAUUUUUGUAAUUUCUAACAGCUUUGUGCCUCAAAUCUUUCCAGUAAAUACUGUCUCCUUGCAGCAUUUUUCAUUUUUUUGAGGUAAGACACAGGUGCUAGGCUGUCUUGCACAGCAACUCUUGUGCGCAUUUGCGAAACGGGGUUCACAUCUCUUAACAGAUUGUGGUUUACAUCCCUGCAUUGCAUAGUGCAGUUGGGGCAAAGCAUAAGCACAGCUUUUGCUUAAAGUUAACUAGGGCUGCGUUGGUGUAGCUGUACCACAUCUGAAGAUUUUUAUAUAUUUUUCUAAAGUAUUUUUAUAACUCUUUGCUUGUUUGUGCUUACAACUAGCUGCAACAAUAGCAACCCUUAUAUGUAGUUAUUUUUAUUUACUCUGCUAUCCGGGGUGUUCAAUACUUCAACCUCGAUCGUGGCCUGUGCAGAGUCUAGAAUAAACGAAGAGCAAUACAAGGAAAGGUUUUGUGUGACAUUGAUGCGCUUUGAGAUCUACUAAAAGUGUGAAAUUUGCUAAAAGGGCCUGAUUAAGACUGAAUGUGUGUGUGUGAGUGCACAAUAUUUAAACCUAUCUGUGGAAAACUUUUUAUCUUUAAUCAUGUCCCAAAUUUACUCAGAUAGUGCUAUUAAAGUGGAACAUACACCUGUGGGCUCUCUGUAUCUGUGUCCUGGAGCAAUAUGCUGCCGUGUGCGUGGUACUACGCUUUUACACUGGGAACUUGAUUUGUAGAAAUCUGUAAUUGUUUUAUAAAUAACAAAAACAUAUUUGUAUAAAUGAACUAACAGUGAGAUGAUUUUAAAUUAUGCCUAAUAAAAUGGUGCCUAA